UUUUCGACUCAGCAACAGGUUGUUGGCGUAAACACAAAAGUAAAACCUUAUUAACUGUGUUGACUUUGCUAAUUUCUACUGGUUAUUGAGUUAAAAUGGAUGAUCUUUAAUGAAAGGAGUUUCUUCCCGAACUGUAAAUGAAAUGAUCUCACGCUCGACUCGACCACAAGCAUUCCUCAGAGUCCCGAGACUGAACACGAGCGGGGGUCACCGAUUUUAUCCCUAGCAUGUGAUACGGGGGUUGUAAGAGUGUGUGUGUGUGUGUAGUGUAGAAAGGAGGGACACAAAGCAGUGUGUGCAGAGAAAGAGAGCUGGAUGAAGUUUUCCGUGUCUAAUGCAUCUCACUCUCUUUCAGUAGCUCAUCAUGUCUUUCGCUCUGCUUGUGUUCGUCUUCAUUCAGUUCUUCAGUCAGUCUCUCCAGCAGUUUCCUCGGCCCUGCACCACACCGGACGUCCUGCAGAGCAAGCGCUGCUGUCCAGUUUGGCCGGGCGACGGUUCGGUGUGCGGAUCCCUUUCGGGUCGAGGCUUCUGCCAGGAUGUCACGGUCUCCGACCUUCCCAACGGGCCGCAGUUCCCUCAUUCAGACGUGGACGACCGCGAACGCUGGCCUCUGGUGUUUUACAACCAAACCUGCCAGUGCGCCGGCAACUACAUGGGGUUCAACUGCGGCGAGUGCAAGUUCGGUUACUUCGGCGCCAACUGCGGGGAAAGACGGGAGUCUGUUCGCAGAAACAUCUUCCAGUUGUCCAUGUCCGAACAGCAGCGGUUCAUCUCAUACCUAAAUCUCGCGAAGACCACCAUCAGCCCCGAUUACAUGAUCGUGACUGGCACGUACGCGCAGAUGAACAAUGGCUCGACGCCCAUGUUCGCAAACAUCAGCGUGUACGACCUGUUCGUGUGGAUGCACUAUUACGUGUCCCGUGACGCGCUGCUCGGGGGUCCCGGGAACGUGUGGGCCGACAUUGAUUUUGCGCACGAGUCGGCCGCUUUCCUGCCCUGGCACCGAGUUUACCUGCUGUUCUGGGAGCACGAGAUCCGGAAGCUGACCGGUGACUUUAACUUUACUAUCCCGUACUGGGACUGGCGCGACGCGCAGGACUGUCAGGUGUGCACGGACGAGCUGAUGGGGGCCCGCAGUCCUCUCAGCCCCAACCUGAUCAGCCCGUCCUCGGUGUUCUCCUCCUGGAAGGUGAUCUGUUCUCAACCUGAAGACUACAACCUCCGCGAGGUUUUGUGUGACGGGUCACCAGAGGGACCGUUACUGCGCAACCCAGGUAACCAUGACCGAAACCGUGUCCCGCGGCUACCCACCUCCGCAGACGUGGAGUCAGUACUGAGCCUGACGGAGUACGAGACGGGGCUGAUGGACAGACGGGCCAACAUGAGCUUCAGGAACGCUCUGGAAGGUUUUGCAAGUCCCGAGACGGGGUUGGCAGUAACAGGUCGGAGUUUGAUGCACAACUCCUUACACGUCUUCAUGAACGGAUCCAUGUCUUCAGUGCAGGGGUCUGCCAACGACCCCAUUUUUCUUUUACAUCAUGCCUUUAUUGACAGCAUCUUUGAGCAAUGGCUGAGGAGACACCAGCCUCCCCGCACACACUACCCAACCGCUAACGCCCCGAUCGGGCACAACGACGGCUAUUAUAUGGUCCCCUUCAUCCCUCUGUACAGAAACGGAGAUUAUUUCCUCUCGACUAAAGCUCUGGGAUAUGAAUAUGCAUAUUUACUGGACCCAAGUCAGCGGUUUAUGCAGGAGUUUUUGACGCCUUAUCUUCAGCAAGCUCAGCAGAUCUGGCGCUGGCUGCUGGCAGCAGGGAUCCUGGGUGCGGUUGUGGCGGGAAUUAUCGCUACUAUUAUCGCCGUGGCGUGUAGAAGGAGGACAAAGAGGCGAAAGGCGUCGGGAUACGGGGAGAGACAGCCGCUCCUGAACAGCAGCGAAGAGGAGGGUUCAACUUCAUACCAGACUACACUGUGAACCAGCGACGACAGACACACUGUACCGACAGGAAAGACGCAACUGCCAGUUAUCCAGGUCAUGUGACACAUGAGUCCAGAUCUCGCCUCUCAACCUCGAGUUUACUCAUGUUAAAAUUAAUAUUUUUAUUCAGCAAGGAUGCUUUAAAUUGAUCAAAAUUGACAGUAAAUACAUUUAUAAUGUUACAAAAAGUCUAAUAAAAACUGUUCUUUUAAACUUUUUACUCAGCAAAGAAUCCUAAAAAUUAUAAUGUAUCAAGGUUUCCACAAAAAAUAUGAAGCAGCUCAACUGUUUUCAACACUGAUAAUAAUCAGAAAUGUUUCUUGAGCAGCAAAUCAGCAUAGCAGAAUGAUUUCUGAAGGAUCUGGAUUAAUGAUGCUGAUGCAGCUUUGCAUCACAGUAAUAAAUUAUAUUUUAAAAUAUAGAAAAGAGUUAUUUUAUAUUGUAAUAAUUUCACAAUAUUACUGUUGUUAUUGUAUUUCUGAUCAAGUAAUUGCUGUCCAAAACAAAUCUUAACAACCCCAAACUUUUCAAUGGCAAUGUACAAACUACAUUAGUCAAAAUGUGCAGUAUAAAACCAGUAUAAAAACAGUAUUUCAGUCAGAAUAUACUGACUGAAAUACUGCCUCCCAUAAUGCAAUGCGCUUCACUUGAAUUUUCAUUUCCAGUGUGAUGAAUGAACCCGAAGCAAUUUCUCCCACAAAUUUUAACAUCCUUAGUUUUUUUUUUUGUUUUUAAAACAAUUGGAUUUAAACAGGCAAAAGAAUAAUUUUCAUUUCCGAGAUGAUUGCAAAUGCAACACAGUGAGGUCAGAUGACAAUUUUUUUUAAAUGCAUAUUGUUGCA